AUGCCGCGUAGUGUCGCCUCUAGCCUUUCAUCAGGAUCUUCAUCCUCAUCUUCGCAGGGUAAGAGGAGUAGAGCUCCGAGUUCGAGCGCGGGAUCAGCCACUGUGGAAGAAGUUGGAGAGGAUGUAUACGGUGAGGCUAGUGAAGAUGUGAAUGAAGGGGGCGAGAAUAAGGAAGAUGAUGAAGAUGAAGAGGGAACGAAACCUUCCCCGAGAAGACUUGAUACCCAACCUACUCGCCCAAAAAGAAGAAGAAGAAGAAGAGGUACUUCCAGUGGCUCAUCUAGACAUUCAGCAAGUUCCUCAGGAAGACCCCGUGGUUCAUCGAGAAGGCAUGACAAGGGAAAAGGAAGAGUGGAAAGUAAAAAGGGUGAAUGGGGAAAGAAAACUAAAAGUAAAAUUGGACAAGUAUUGGGAUUCUGGGGAAGGUUGAGAAAUGCAUGGGGAAGAGUGACGGAGUCGCCCUGUAGAAAACGGACUGUUUGA